AUGGCAGAGGGAAAUAAUAAUCAUGUAACAAGUAACGGAACCCACACCCCAAAUUCACCACCCACACCCACCACAUCAACACCCUACACAAACGGCAUGUCCGCAGAGAACGGAGAUGAACCCAAGUUAAAAACAACCCAACAAUCGCCACCCUCAUCAGAUACGAAUAAUAAAACGAAGAAAGACGAGCUCAUUGACACGAAUAAAAAUUCGACCCCUAACGCUACAGCUCCCACAAUGGACGCGAACAACAAUGACACUAUCGUUCUAAAGAAAGCCGACAAACCUGCUGACGAUUGUAAUUCUGACAUCACUGGUUCGGACAAGCUUAAAAUGGACGUAAAAGUUGUGGACGCCACCAUUGAUAAUAAUAAAGGAAAAGCAACUGAGAAGAGUAAAACUGGCGUAGAAUCCGACGACGAGAUGAAUCUGACAGCCACAGCCCCCGUUCGAGGCGUUAACAAACCUUUGCAUGGAAUUUUAAGUCAAAAGCAUGCCAAUGGAGAGUUACCUGAGGAAUCACCAGCAAAGGAAAAAAACAAUCCUGGUGUAGGUGAUUCCAAAGAACCUGGAGUCCUGUAUCGUGUGAGGGCGACGUAUCGGUACCAAAAGGAGGAUGUGGAUGAAUUGUCGUUUGAAGCUGGAGAAAUUAUUCGGGUUAUUGAGUACGAGGAGCCAGAGGAACAGGAGGAAGGAUGGCUUUUGGGAAUCAAGGAAAAUGGGGACAAAGGGAUGUUUCCAGCCAACUUUUGCAAAGUUUUAGUGCACUAA